GGGAAACUUCUUCAAACAUUCUUACCUUCCAAACUACUUGAACUUUAGCCAUUGAACAAGUUUCUUGUUUCUGCAAAACUUCCAAGUUUUCAUAUGAUUCCUCAAAAUAUUGAAGAUUUCAUAAAAUCCCCAAAUUUUUAGGGUUACUUCGAAAUGUCAGCAAUUGUAGAUAGACCAAUAAUUAACACCUCAAAUCCUUAUUAUAAACCUAAUUAUUUCUGCCAUGGAUUGAGCUAUUUCUGUUGUCCUACAUCUUCUAGGGUUUCUCUCUCCAAUUUCAUUAGAAAUUCUUCAAAAUCUUCUCGAUUAUUGAACAAUUCUUGUCGGCAAAUUAGGGUUUCGAUUUCUACUAAUUUCUGCAAUUCAUCGGUAUGGAGGAGAGAGAAAGAGUGCAGUAGCAAUACAAGAAUUCGUGCAAAUAGUUCUUGCGAACAAGAUACUGAUUCUACUACACCUAGUUCUUCUUCAUCUUCUUCGUCGGAUAAAAAGAAAGACGCGAAACAGGUGAGUAAAGGUGGUUCUUCGAAUUCGAGCUCGUCGUCGUCUUCUUCUUCUUCACCGAGGAGAGAGAAAGAGGGGAAGAGUUGGUUUAGAGGUGCUGGGGGAAAAUGGCGGUGGCAGCCAUUGAUACAAGCUCAAGAAAUUGGGGUAUUGCUUUUGCAAUUAGGGAUUGUGAUGUUUGUUAUGAGGCUUCUUAGGCCCGGCAUUCCUUUACCGGGGUCCGAACCUAGGCCUCCGACGACGUUUGUGAGUGUUCCUUAUAGUGAGUUCUUGAGUAAGAUAAAUGGUAAUCAGGUUCAGAAGGUUGAGGUUGAUGGAGUUCAUAUAAUGUUUAAGCUGAAGAAUGAAGGAGUGAGUGGUGUUGUGGAGGGUGAAAUGAGGGGCAGUGAGAGUAAUUUGCAGGAUUCGGAAUUGUUGUUGAGGAGCGUGGCGCCUACGAAGAGGAUUGUUUAUACUACAACUAGGCCAGUUGAUAUAAAGACUCCUUAUGAGAAAAUGCUUGAUAAUCAUGUUGAGUUUGGUUCCCCUGAUAAGCGAUCAGGCGGGUUUCUAAACUCGGCUUUGAUUACUUUGUUCUAUGUUGCUGUUCUGGCUGCACUGCUCCAGCGCUUUCCAGUUAACUUCUCCCAGCAUGCAGCGGGUCAGCUUAGAAACCGUAAAUCUGGAAGUUCUGGUGGUACAAAAGUAUCUGAGCAAGGAGAAACCGUCACUUUUGCAGAUGUAGCGGGUGUUGAUGAGGCUAAGGAGGAGCUAGAAGAAAUUGUGGAAUUCCUAAGGAACCCAGAUAGGUAUGUACGACUUGGAGCACGUCCACCUCGUGGUGUUUUACUGGUUGGUCUUCCAGGGACGGGCAAGACACUUUUGGCAAAGGCUGUUGCUGGGGAAGCUGAAGUUCCAUUCAUCAGUUGCUCUGCUAGUGAAUUUGUUGAACUCUAUGUUGGUAUGGGAGCAUCACGGGUGCGAGAUCUCUUUGCUCGAGCAAAGAAAGAAGCUCCAUCAAUCAUAUUUAUUGAUGAGAUAGAUGCAGUUGCUAAAAGUCGUGAUGGCAAAUUUCGUAUCGUGAGCAAUGAUGAACGAGAGCAGACACUAAACCAGCUGUUGACUGAAAUGGAUGGUUUUGACAGCAAUUCUGCUGUGAUCGUUCUCGGAGCAACGAACCGUGCUGAUGUCUUAGAUCCUGCUCUUCGUAGGCCUGGAAGAUUUGAUCGAGUCGUUAUGGUGGAAACACCAGAUAAGACCGGAAGGGAAUCUAUACUAAAAGUGCAUGUUUCCAAAAAAGAACUUCCUCUUGAGGAUGAUGUUGAUCUUAGAGAUGUUGCUCGUAUGACGACGGGUUUCACAGGGGCAGAUCUUGCUAAUUUGGUAAAUGAAGCUGCUCUUUUAGCUGGUAGACAGAACAAAGUGGUUGUGGAGAAAAUAGAUUUUAUUCAAGCAGUGGAGCGAUCAUUAGCAGGAAUAGAGAAGAAAACCGCCAAAUUACAAGGAAUUGAGAAGGCUGUUGUUGCACGUCAUGAAGCUGGGCAUGCAGUUGUAGGAACUGCUGUUGCAAAUCUUCUUUCAGGACAACCUCGUGUUGAGAAGUUGAGUAUAUUGCCAAGGUCUGGAGGUGCAUUGGGCUUUACUUACACCCCUCCCACAAAUGAAGACAGAUACCUUCUUUUCGUGGAUGAGCUGCGUGGACGGCUAGUUACACUUCUUGGAGGACGUGCUGCAGAAGAAUUCACUUAUGCAGGGCGUGUUUCAACUGGUGCACUUGAUGAUAUUAGGAGAGCAACUGAUAUGGCGUACAAAGCAAUUGCAGAGUAUGGCCUUAGCCAGACCUUUGGCCCAGUAUCUUUAGCAACACUCUCUAGCGGUGGGAUUGAUGAUUCUGGGGCUGCUCCGUGGGGAAAGGAUCAGGGGAAACUUGUUGAUCUAGUUCAAAGUGAGGUAAAAGCUCUCCUGCAAUCAGCACUUGACGUGGCAUUAUGUGUUGUACGUGCUAAUCCUAAUGUUUUGGAAGGAUUGGGUGCUCAUUUAGAAGAUAAAGAGAAGGUAGAAGGUGAGGAACUACAGAAGUGGUUGAAAUCGGUGGUUGCACCGGCUGAACUCUCUGUCUUUGUUCAAGGCAAGCAAGAGGCUGUUCUCCAAUUACAACGAGUUCCUGAAUGACAGAACUAUAGGCUGCAUGUUAUUUGGUAUCAACAGCUUAAGAGAAGUGUCUAGUCAGGACUUCAUUCGCCAUUUCACUCCAGUAUACACCCUUACCCCUAUAUAAGGGCAGUGCAUAUUUCGGCUUAAUCGUUAUAAACUGACAGCAACAUUUACCAUUGUACGUAGACAAAAGUAAAGGGAUGAAAAUGGAAGCUCUGGUGCACCGACGAUAGCACGAUGAACAUGGACGGGUUAAUAUCUGGUGUGUCACAGUGCUGCUAUCUCAAUCACAAGAAGAUCAGCUUUGUAUAAUAUCUAAAUUCUUCUGUACAUGUAAUCAAUUGUUUCAUGAAAAUAUAUAGUGAUUGUAACCUGUGCUUUUGUGUAAAUACCUGGCCCCAUCCAUGGUAAUGUCAAUCAUAAAUCAGUUUCACAUCCUUUCCUAGUUUCCUGUAUCUUCCUUUCUUUGUUCUCCCUCCAUUUUCGAAGUUUUACUCACUUUUGCUUUAUUACUUAACUCUCAGUCUGAGUAUUUGUUAAUAUGAAAUUACUCUCUCCCCUCCCCCAAAAGUUUUGUAUUUAUUUUUCUUUAUAUAUAUUUUUUAUUUUGUACA